UAUAAGACAGUUUGUGUUUUGUUUUUUUGGGAGGGGGUGCGCAUAUGCAUAUAUAUGUUCAUAUGUGCGUGUGUUUUAGCGUGUAUGUGUGUUUGUGUUCCCGGUGACACAGAUUGAUGGAGGGAGAAGACAGAGGCUGAGGGGACUGUGCUGGUGGCGGUGGGGGAGGUAGGUAGAGAGUAGAGCAUUGCAGGGUAAUAGAAUCAAUACUGUUGUCUGUAACAUACCUGCCGUUGGGCUUUCAGUCUGGCCCCAGUAGCCAGUCAGCCAUCAGACCCAGCCGCCGUAGAGCAAAGACAGAGAACGAGAGGGGGGACAAAGAGAGAGAAAAGGAGGGGAAAUGCAGGCAUUGCCGCCUUCUUUUUUAUUUCCCUCAAAUGACGGUGAAUGAAGAUGGAGUGUUGAAAAAGGCUAAGUUUGAUUCCUUUGUGUUUUUUAAACCUUUGUGUUUUGUUUAGUGCCUCUGCCGCCAAGAUGUACUGGAACUCUGGAUAGAGGAAGAUACCGUCCUUUUGUGUCUCUGUGCCUGUAUUUGUGUGCAUAUGCAUGCAUGUGUGUGUGUGUGUGUGUGUGUGUGUGUGUGUGUGUGUGUGUGUGUGUGUGUGUGUGUGUGUGUGUGUGUGUGUGUGUGUGUGUGUGUGUGUGUGUGUGUGUGUGUGUGUGUGUGUGUGUGUGUGUGUGUGUGUGUGUGUGUGUGUGUGUGUGUGUGUGUGAAUGUGUCUGUGUGUGUGUGUGUUUAAUCAACAACUGCACCAUCAGAGGACACAUGUUGAGGGAGACAUGUUGUCCACAUGUCUGUGUCGCUGCUACUCUAUGUGUUUGUCUUGUUUCUCCUCUAGAUUCCCAGAUUGCUUUAGUCAAUCUGUCUCUGCUUUUUUGCGUUUUAAAUUAUCUUUCUCACACGUUGAUGAUAUUCCAUUUAGAAUGAUGAAAGGGGAUUGGGAACUCGUUUGAGAUUGGAAUUGAUGGAGAGAGGAAAUAUAUUUUGGUAGACAUGUUGAUGUGGUUUAUCAGUUAAUGGCUGAUAUCUGCACCUGCGUUCACACCAUAUGGGUGUUCAAAAGCAGAAUUGAGUUUGAGAUUGCAGUAUUGUGGUAAAAACGAUAUCUACAGAUCCAACUGAAGUGUAUUAAUAAUAUGGACUUGUAACUUGAACCGCAGAUAAAUACAUAAUUCAUUAGUGUGUGAAGUUGUGACAAAUGUCUUCAAAUGGCUCUUCUUUCCUUUCUGUAAAGACUCACCCUGUUUCACAUGAUUCACAUCCAUCAGCAUCUAUUUAUUUCUGACAGCUAAACAGAUACGGCCGAUAGUUGAUUCUUUAUUUAACUCAUUGACUGUAUUUUUAUCAUUAUUUGAAAUUAUUGUCACAAAGAGAAUUUACCUGUGUUAGUCAGUCAGUGUGUCAGUCAGACUGUCUACCAAUAGGUGGCACUGCUACGCCAAAUUUUCUCUCACAGAACUUUUGCUCUUGGCACUGUAGUAGGAUAUAUUGGACACAAUGUACUUGAGUAGUUAUUUAAACAAAUCAACAUGUUUGAGAGAAGUGUAUGUACAGUAACAUGUUCUUAUUUCAUAGUGUUUGACUGUCCCUGAGAAUGACGCAAUUUCAUUCCCUCCCUCCGCAGGUAGAGUCGGACAUUUUGGAAAAUUGUAUCCAGCGACAUCUUGCUAAGAUGGAUGCAAAGGCUUCUCUCUUCACCCUUCCACAUCCUCCUUUAACCCUGCACGACCAUCAUGUCCUGUGUCCCCAUCUCACCCUACACAGUGUAUGACGAGAGGUUACUGACAGCUGCAGACAAUUUCAUUGCGGCUGCCUUCAAACUGCCUAGAGCUUCUGGAUGUUUCCCUCCAUGUGGUUUUCAGACUUCUGGUUAUGUCUACAACUGUAUCACCUGUCAGUAUGACUCCUGUGAGUUCCCACUUGACUGUCCAACAAAGAACAUCACAGUCAUGGAGAACAACCGGACACAGAUGAGGUGUGACGUCCCCUUUCCCCUGCCUUAUGAAAUGAAAGUGGUCUGGAGGUUUGCAGAGGAGAUCAGGACCCAGCAGGUGGAUCAGUUUGAGGAGGUGACAGUAGGGAUAGACCGGCUCUACUCUAUCCCCUCAGCUGGUCUGCGACACCAGGGUACAUACCAGUGUGAGAUCUACUCUGACCAGCGCUCCUUAGUCAGACUUUACUACCACCUCAUAGUCAUCCCCCAGGUGGUUGUAGGCCACAGUGAGCUGCAGGAGAUAUUUGAUCUGUCACUGCUUCCAGGGGGCCAAAUUGUCCCUGUGCCUGGUGGAUGGUCCCUUGCCCUUCUCCGUCUCCCCCCUCCCUCUCUCCUCACGGCCUGUCUGACUUCUCUGCUGCUGCUGCUCUUCCUCUCCCUGGGGAUUCUGCACUGGUGGUCGAUAAAGAAAGAGAAGAGUGAUGUGGAGCAAGCUGAAGACGAUCCAGAUUCAAGGUGCCCAGUGCGGGAGAUUUAUCUACUGCAAUAAAAACGAGCAAUCGGUCUUUAGCUGGUUUCACCACUAGAGGGCGAUAAGCACAUGUUAAUAUCUGUAACUUCAGUGCUUUAAGGCAGGAGUCAUUAUGAUCGGUUGCCUUUACCUUCCUGAUGUAAGACAUUAUUUGUUAUAAUGACAAUGAUUAGGCUACUAUUAUCACCACAUACUGUGGCAUGGUGAGACCAGUGAAUGCUUUAUGGGACAGAUUCAACACAUUUUUACUUGUUCAAAGACCCCUACUGUUAUGACAGAUUCGAUGUGAUACAUAAUGUGACGUUUUUAAUUAAGAAAUCCUCAAAUCUCAAUCCUAACCUAGCCUCAACCCUUACCGUAACCCUAGCUUCAUUUCCACAUCCCGGCUCAACCCUAACCCUCAACCCCAACCCUAACCCUAACCCUAACCC